AUGAAUGAUAAUCAAAUUAGAGCAGAAGGUAGAAGGUUAUUUAAACGCUUCUAUAACAUUCCUGAUGGUGUUAAUCCUAAAACUCGUAGAAGCUAUUUAAAUGAAGCAAUAGAUGCAUAUGAAGGGUUUGACAUUUCAUCAGAAAGUGAGAGAUUAGCGAGAAUGUUAAAUGUUAAUAUUGAUUUCUAUUAUUGUGAUCCUCAACCAGAAGACGUGGACAUAAAUAAGGUAGACUUUCCAUUAGUGGAAUCAAUAAUGAUAGAUCCAGAAUUUGAAACAGUAAAUAUUUUAUUAACACAGAGUCCAUGUGGAAAACUUCACGCUGACAGAAUAACAGACGUUGAAGCACUCACCGGCUAUAAAGUUUGUCCAUAUUGUAAAGAAGAAGUUUAUUCUAUCCGUGAUGAUCCAGAAAGGAAAAACCAAAGAAGAUUUUUAAAGCAUUGUGAGAAAUGUAAAGAAAAUAAUGGGAGAUUAAUUCAAGACGUUCAGUUGCAAAAGACACAGCAACCAUAUGCACCACAUUAUGAAACAGAAGAUAUAUCAGUGGUUAUUAGCUCACAAUUUGCAGAAAUAUUAUAA